UUUGCUAUGUACAGGUUAUUUGUAAUACAAGGUACUAAUGGAGUUUUUUUCCUAGGUGGAAGCGCAGCGAAGAAACUCUGUGUGGAUAUCAGCAGACCUGUCCCCCUGGAUAUUAAGAACUACAGGUUUUAUUCAGAGCUGGGAAAAGGAGGCUUUGGCCGGGUGAUGUUGGCUUCGUUUACACCAAAGAAGCAACUGGUAGCAGUUAAGAUCAUGCAGAAAAGUCCAGACAAGAACAACUUCAACAUCAUGAUGAAGGAGGCCCGAGUGCUGUCGGUCGCUAGAGGAAGCACAUUUUUAUGUCAUUCCUACGCAGCUUUUCAAUCAGAGCUGGAAUCCUUCUUCGUCCUGGAGUAUGCCAGCGGGAAAUCUUUAAUGCAAAUGAUUCUUCGCAAAGGAAAUCUGCCAAUGGCAAGAAUCAUGUUCUACACAGCGGAGAUGGUGGUUGCCCUCCAGUUCCUGCACUCUAAGGGCAUCAUUCAUCGUGACCUGAAACCUGACAACGUGUUGGUGGACAGAUACGGCCAUAUCAAGAUCUGCGACUUUGGCCUCGCCGCAGAGAACAUCUUCGACCAGACAAGAACCAACGGAGUAAUAGGAACCCCUGGAUACCGCGCACCAGAGGUGACAACAAACAUUUAAAAUACAAACAU